AUCAGAAGGGGCUUUUAUUUUGAAGGGGUUCAGCUGAGACAGUGAGUUGUACACCAGCACAGCUUUAGUGAAGCUGGUGUGUAGAUUGAAGGAUGGAGGCCAGCGGCAGACCCUCCACAGCACAGAUUGUGUUGCUGGCCACUAGUUCGGCUCUGACUGCUGUCUUAUACACCAUAUACAAGAAGAAAUCGAGCCAUGUUGCUAGAUUAAGGGAGGCCAAGAAGAUGUCAUUAAAUCCAGACCUGAAAACUAUCCUCAGUGAAGCACCAGGAAAAUGUGUUCCUUAUGCAGUUAUUGAAGGUGUUGUGCGUUCAGUGAAGGAGACCUUGAACAGCCAGUUUGUAGACAACUGUAAAGGGGUCAUCGAGAGGUUGACCUUAAAGGAGAAGAAGAUGGUGUGGAAUCGCACAACACAUAUAUGGAAUGAUUGUGAAAAGGUCAUCCACCAACGCACCAACACCGUGCCCUUUGACCUGGCCCCACAUGAUGACACUGUUCCCACAACGGUGCGAGUGGUCCGUCCACUUGAUGCAGUUGAAUUGGAUCUGGAAAAGACCUAUGAGAACUUCCAUCCCUCCCAGCAGUCUCUGACCAACGUCAUCGGCCACUUCAUCAGCGGCGAGCGUCCGCAGGGCAUCCAGGAGACGGAGGAAAUGCUCCGUCUGGGUGCCAGCAUGACGGGCGUCGGGGAGCUGGUGCUGGACAACAACCUGGUUCGUCUCCAACCCCCUAAGCAGGGUCUGCGGUACUUCCUCAGCCGCCUGGACUACGACACGCUCCUGAGUAAGCAAGAGGGUCACCUGCGGCUCUGGAGGGUCUUGACGGUGCUGUUCGGCUUGACCGCCUGUGCCACGCUAUUCUACCUGCUGUGGCGACAGUACGUGCUGCGUAAGGAGCGGAGGAAAGAGCGCAGCCUACUGGACGAGUACAGGAAGUGGCAGACCAGACGUUUACAGGAGCUCAAUCUGGCGGAGGAUGAUGUGUCUCCUACUACAUGCACAAUAUGCCUGAGUCGCGAGCGCUCCUGCGUGUUUCUAGAGUGUGGUCACGUCUGUACCUGUGACGAGUGCUAUAGAGCCCUGCCCGAACCUAAGAAGUGCCCCAUAUGCAGGGCUAAAAUAGACAGGAUUGUCCCUCUGUAUAACAGCUAGAGGCCUUAUUAUGAAUAUGUAUGCUCUUUAAAUUGAGGCACUUUGGGGGGCAGGUUUUUGGGUGUGAGCAGAACAUUUCUUGCCAUGUAAAAUGAGCCAUAAUCCAAAUACUCUGCAGUAAAAAAUCUUCCGGUUCUAUUCUGUUGAUUGAUCGCACUGUUGCCAACUGUAAUUAUCACUUGUGCCUGUGUGAACUGAAAUUCAGUGUUGUUUGUUAUAUUUCAACCAAAAUCAAAACAAAAGAAAAAUAAAAAAUAAAAAGUUUUUUUUUUAUUAAAAAAAGAGCCCAUUUAAGGACCCUUAUGAUUUUUUGCAUUUUCCAUGGUGGUUCACAUUAGAUUCUCACUACUGUAAUAUAGUAUUUUUUAUUACAGUAAAAACUACCGUAAUUCUUUUUUUUUUUCUAUUAAAAAGAAUUAAAAGCAGUACAACAUUAGAAUUAUUACUCUUUUUUUUUUUUUUUUUACUUCACACUUAAACUUUGCACGUAUAUAAGGUUUGUGCUUAGUGGUCAUGAAAAUGUUACAAUAUAUAAAGGUCCUAAAAAUAGGAUUCAUUAUCUUUAUGCAAAAUAAAAUUUUCAUUUUGGGGUUAAAUAUUGACAUGCUCACUUUAAGACGUUAAUUGGAUGUCAGGUUUUUUGGUGCCCUAUCAUUUUAAUUUUUCAUUUUAAUUAUAUUAUUAUUUUUUUGUAAGAAUAGUUCCUGUUUGAAAAGGCAUCAAGAGAUUUGAAGAUUUAUUCUGAAUUAUUAAAUGGGAAUCUGUUAAACC